GCCGUUGUUCCAAAGUUGUUAAGUUGCCAACGAACAAUACCAACUUAAAUUCUUUUUGACUAGACGUCAAGUAAAAGUUGUGGCUGUCGACUUGGUCACAAUUUCUUCAAAAUGCCACGCGAAUUAACAGAAAUCAAGGAAUUCCUUUUGACGGCGAGGAGGAAAGACGCCAAAUCCGUUAAAAUAAAGAAGAACUCCGAGAACACAAAAUUCAAAGUACGUUGCUCCAGGUUUCUAUACACGUUAGUGAUUACAGAUAAGGAGAAAGCGGAGAAACUUAAACAAUCCUUGCCUCCAGGUUUGUACCAGUUUUCCUAUUUAUGAACUACAGUGUUAGCG